GGGCAGAUGAGCUCCUUCUAACCCAUCAAACAGAAAGUGAAAGUGUUUCAAAGCACAUGUCACAUGUUGUGAGAUCGUGAAGAAACUGUGUCUCCAUUAAAGCAGUGAUAUGAAUACAAGACGACGGAGGAGGACCGAAUCUACUAUUUCAGUCAAGCGUCCAAAAGUUGCAGUUUACGCAGAUGGCCCCUAUAAACGAUCUAUAAAAUACAUCAAACAAGGAAAAAUAAUUACCUAUGAAGAACAAGGAUUGGGUCAUGCUGGUGUCAACGCUGGUGAUUUGAAGGCUACAGCCAAAGGCCCCAAUGUCUCUCAUGCUGUUGAAAAAGCUGAGGCCAGCAUCAGAGAGAAAACACAGGUUGAGUUGAAAAGCGUAUCAGGCAGUGUUGGUGCUUUAAAAGUUAAGGCCCAGGGUCCCAACACAUCGCAUGUUGUUGAAUCAAAUGUGUUUGGAGUCAGAGAGAAGAUUUAUGUUCAAGCUGUCAAUGUAUCAGCCAAUGUUGGUUCUUUCCGAGCCAAAGCCAAUGGCCCAAGCUUCACAUCUGCUGUUGAGGCAAAUGAUUAUGCAGUUUCAGGAAUGGCUCAUGCCGAAUCAGCCAGCGUUUCAGCCAAAUUUGCUUAUGUGGAAGCAGAAGUCAAAGGUCCCAAUGCUUCAGCUGCAGUUCAAGCUAAUAAUGAUGGAGCUGCAGUGAUGGCUCAGUUCGAAUAUGGAAGCGCAUCAACCAAAGUUGGUGAUGUUGAAGCAAAGGUCAAAGGUCCCAGGGCUUCGGCUGGUGCUAAAUUAGGCAAUGAUGGAGUUUCGGUGAUGGUUCGUUCUGAGGUUUGCAGCGCGGAAGUCAAAGCCGGUUCAAUUGGUGCAAAGUUGGCCAUGGCAACCGAUACUGGUGCAUCUGUUGGUCAGAAUGGAGUGGAGGCAAAAUUCCUAGGAACUGGAUUUACAAUUGGUAAAAAAACCAGCAUAUCUAUUGGGGGUUGUGAACUCUCAUGGUCAUUUUAAAGUCCCAAUAAUAUUAAAACUGAUAAUUCUUAUGUAAUAUUGCAGUAUUUAUUAUAAAAAGUGUUUAAAUUCAUUGGCCCUCAUAAAUUUCAAUCAAAACCUAAAAAUGUACUUGUGGCGAACCUUUUCUGAGGACGUCAAUUAGAUGGUUGGGGCUGAGCUUCUGUUAUCUCUGCCCCUCCAACUGUCAGUCUGUGUUACCUGUUCCUUUUCUGAACGAAACACCUACUUUUCUAUAUCCAAUCAAAAGUUGAAACGACAAGCCAUGCCCACUAUUUUUCCAUGAUAUUCCAUUUUACUUGAAAUUACGUCACAAUACGGAAGUAAACUCACGUCUUCAACUUCUGGUUAAAAGUCACCAUGAGGGCACGUUAAUCACAGAUAAGUAAUUUGUAAAAAAAAAUACCAUAAUAUUUCAUAAAAAUUACAGUUUUCAUUUUAUUUUCAUGGUGACUUUAAGUAUAUAAGCAUGAAA